CUCAACCCACUUAAUUACAAAGUCAUGGCCAACGUCCGAGCAGCUUGUUUUCUCAUCCUCCACUUGAUUACAUUGUUUUUGGUACAGUCUUGCGUGUCAAACUUUGCCAAUGCUACAAUUCUCGACAUUAGUACCGAUAAAUCUGCUCUUCUUGCAUUGAAAGCUCACGUUUCUUCCAAGGACCCUCACCAUGUUUUGAUAAGCAACUGGUCCUCCAACACUCCUAUUUGCACUUGGGUCAGUGUUACCUGUGGUUCUAAACAUCUCUGAGUCAAAGCUUUAAACCUUUCCUACAUGGACCUUGGAGGUACCAUUCCUCCGCAGAUUGGAAAUCUUUCGUUCUUGGUUAGUCUAAGCAUAGGCAACAACAGUUUUCAUGGUUCAUUGCCAAAUGAGUUGUCCCGUCUUUAUCGGUUGCAAUUCCUAGACUUGAGUUAUAAUGAAUUCAGCGGAGAAAUCCCACCAUGGAUGGGUUUGCUAAACAAACUUCAAAUAUUGUUUCUCAAUGGUAACAAUUUCGAAGGUAGUAUUCCACAAUCUCUAUCUAACAUAUCGUCAUUGCAGUGGAUUGAUCUUGCAUAUAACCAGCUUUCAGGCUCCAUACCGUCCUCUAUAUUCAAGAUGCCUACCUUGCAACAAAUUGUCCUCUACUCAAAUAAGUUUUCAGGUCCAAUGCCGCCCUCCAUUUUCUUCAAUGCGUCUUCACUACAAUACAUUAACCUCGGUAAUAACGAAUUAUCUGGUGGACUACCGACGUAUAUGUUUGAUCAUCUUCCCAACUUACAAUUUCUUUCUGUCGCCCAUAACCAUUUCUCUGGCGUACUCCCAGAAAUAGGGAACUUAACCAUGCUUACAGCGUUGUUCCUUUAUCAUAACAACUUUGAAGGUACAAUUCCAUCCUCGUUGUUGAAGUGUACACAACUGCAAUAUUUUGAUAUGUGGAAUAAUAAUUUCACAGGAAGACUACUCCCAGAAAUAGGAAAUUUAACUAUGCUUACGUACUUAUUUCUUGGCCAAAACAAGUUUGAAGGUGCAAUACCAAGUCAAAUUGGAAGACUGCAAAAACUAGAGCAAUUCGCAAUUUACUCGAACUAUUUUUCUGGACCAAUUCCGUAUGAGAUCUUCAAUAUCUCAACUUUACGAAAUAUUAUGAUGGCAUUCAAUAAUCUCUCAGGUGACCUUCCAUCAAAUAUGGGUCUUUUUCUUCAUAAUCUCCAAGUCCUUGCUCUUCAUGGGAAUGAACUGAGUGGAACGAUUCCCAACUCUAUUCUCAAUGCUUCACAGCUCAUCAUAUUAGAUUUGGGUGAUAACUCAUUCUCAAGCUCAAUUCCAAAAGCAAUUGGUGAUUUAAGGUUCCUCGAGGCGCUGAUCCUCGGAUAUAAUAAGUUGACAAUUCAGUCUCGAGAACUUGGGAGCAUUUUCUCUUCUUUGUCGAGUUGCAAAUAUCUCAGACUUUUUUCUUUGGCCAAAAGUCACUUGAAUGACGUCCUUCCCAAUUCAGUUGGGAACCUCUCAACCUCUCUUCAAAGACUUGGAUUACAUGACUGCAAUAUUAAGGGCAACAUUCCAGAAGAGAUUGGCAAUUUAAGUAGCUUGAUUGAUUUGACCCUAAACCACAAUGAAUUGGGAGGACCUGUUCCAACUACAAUUGGAAGAUUGGACAAGCUCCAAGGUUUGUUUCUUUAUGGUAACAGAAUAAAAGGUUCAAUCCCAUAUACACUCUGCCAUUUAGGAAGGUUGAAUACACUAAGUUUAAGUGGUAAUGAGCUUUAUGGACACAUUCCUGCAUGCAUAGAUAACAUGACUUCAUUAAGAACUCUUGACUUGGGUUUCAACCAAUUAACUUCUUCAAUUCCUUUGAACUUGUGGAGGCUUAAAGAUCUCUUGUUGGUUGAUUUAUCAUCAAAUUAUCUUAAUGGCCCUCUAGCUUUAGAUAUUGGGAAUAUGAAUGUCUUGAGAGCAUUAGAUUUGUCCAAAAACCAAAUAACAGGUCGUAUCCCAGUUGCAAUUGGUGGGCUAAAAAGUAUUGUGAAUCUAUCUUUGGCAGUCAAUCAACUAGAUGGCUCAAUUCCUACAUCUGUUGGUGAAUUGAUAAGCUUAGAAGUUCUAGAUCUUUCCUACAAUAACUUAUAUGGAGAGAUUCCCAAGUCCUUAGAAGAACUCUCAUACUUGAAACAUAUAAAUUUGUCAUUCAAUAAACUACGAGGAGAAAUUCCUUCAAGAGGACAGUUUGUACACUUCCCAGCUAGAUCAUUCAUCUCAAACAAUGGACUUUGUGGUGAGGCUCGAAUGCAAGUCCCCCCAUGCAAAGGAAAAAACGCCAUAGGAAUGCGAAUACUGAAAUAUGUGUCAAUUGCAGUGGGGUUAAUGGUACUUGGAGUGUGUCUUGUAUUUUUCUCAAUAAGACGCCAUAAAAGGAAUGCUAAAUUGUCACAUGACACAAAUUCAAUACCUUUAGCAACAUGGAGGAGAAUUUCACAUCAAGAACUUAUUCGAGUAACAGAAGGGUUCAGUGCAAACAACUUACUUGGAGAAGGGAGUUUUGGGUUUGUUUACAAAGGAACACUCUUAGAAGGUACAAUUGUUGCUAUAAAAGUUUUCAAUUUGCAAGUGGAGGGGGCAUUCAAAAGCUUUCAUAGAGAAUGUGAGGUGUUACACAAUAUUUGUCACCGGAAUCUUGUCAAAAUCAUUACUGCUUGUUGUAACAUGGACUUCAAAGCCUUGGUAUUAGAAUACAUGCCUAAUGGGAACCUAGAUAUGAGGUUGUACUCCGAAAACCAUUGCUUGAAUAUGUUACAAAGGCUAAACAUAAUGAUUGAUGUAGCAACAGCAGUAGAAUACCUUCAUCUUGGUUACACAACGCCUAUUGUUCAUUGUGAUUUGAAACCUACCAAUGUCUUAUUAGAUGAAGAUAUGGUUGGACAUGUCGCUGAUUUUGGCAUCUCCAAACUCCUUGGUGAUGGAGUUUCUCUAACACAAACAAUGACUCUCGCUACAAUUGGAUAUAUGGCACCAGGUGAGGUUAAGUUCCAUGUUUACCAUUCUAGUACUCUCAUAUAAACACAUGAUAUUGUUCUCUUUUGGAAAUGUAUUGACCUUUCUCACUUUAGUACCAUAUAAUUAUAUUUUCUCAUGAUAAGUUGUAACAUA